AUGGCGGCGAUGGGGAGGGGGAGGGGAAGAAGGCGGCUGCCAUGGGCACUAGGGGUCGUCGGAGCUCCGACGAACCCUAGCGCCCACGGCGGGGUGGUGAAGUGCAGGCUACCUGUAUUAUUCGACGAGAUGCCCCCGAAGGUCACCAAGCGGUGGGUGCCGGUCAACCGGCCGGGGGAAGCCUCGUCGUCCUCACGCGGGCACUCGGGAGGAGGAGGUGGUGGGAGAGUCAACCCCGCCGCCGACCGCCUCAGCGCGCUGCCCGACGCGCUCCUCCACCACGUCAUGUCGUUCAUGAAGGCGUGGGACGCGGCGCGCACGUAUCGCGACCCGCCCCAGGACUUCGCCAAGUUCGUGUACCGGCUGCUGCUUGCUAGGGAGGCCCUUGCGCCGAUAGACACUCUCCGCCUGCGGUCACCUGGUGAGGAGGACGAACAUUUCGACAAUUCUGAUGUUAAGAUGUGGAUCCGCCAUGCAAUCAGACGGAAUGCUCGUGUUAUUCAGCUAACCGGUCACCCCAACCCCAAUUUGUUGGCGGAGCUGGAUCCUAUGGACCUCGUCUCUCGCCACCUCAAAAUCUUGAAACUGACCUAUACUGAAGUGUCUGAUAGCUUCACCAGGCAGCUGUCAUCUCGUUGCCCUUGUUUGGAGGAACUAGAGCUCAAGAGCUGCUUCGUAGAGGGCCGCGAGUUUACAUCUGUCUCUCUGAAGAGGUUGACCAUGGUCAAGUGCACUUUUGCUAACUUCUUCUCUGUUGAUGCUCCAAACCUUGUGUUUGUGCAGUGCAUCGCGCCAGAGUCUUGGGUCCCUGUGUUCAAGAGCUUUGGGGUGCUGGUAACAGGUAGUGUCAUGCUUGAUGACUCUUUAUUGAGUAAGGAGUUUAAAAAGUACCAAGAGGACGCUGAUGAAUAUCCUCGAACAAGUGACGACGAUGAUGACAACAACAUUGCAUUUGCCCCUAAAUAUGUUCCUGAUUCUGAUGACAGUGGUGAUGAAAUCCUCAGUGAUGAUUCUGGAUUCUUAGAUGAUUUUUAUGAUGAGCAUUAUUUAGCAGAUGAUGUCAAGGACAAUUAUGAUUAUGGAAGUGAAAUCAAUAGUGAUAGUGACACCUAUGAGUACAGUGAGAUUGCAAAUGGCUAUGAAGAUAAGCAGUUUGGAAACCAUGCCAAUAGACUUGAUCGCACUAGGGGCAAUAAAGAUCAUGGUUGCAGUGCAAAGCAUAUCAUUAAUGAUUAUAAAAAAUUUGGUGGCCAGAAUGUUCUCAAUAGCCUUUCAAAUGCUCGAUAUCUGGAGCUGUUAGGUCAUUCUGGAGAGGUCAUUAUGAGGAGAGAAUCGUUAAAUUGUCCAACUUUUAGCAACCUGAAGACAUUGGCCCUUGGAGAAUGGUGUAUCAGUACAGCUGUUGAUUUUUACAUAUUACUUCUCUUGCUUCAGCAUUCACCUAGUCUGGAGAAGCUUUAUCUUCAGCUUGAAAUGAACUGUGACAUCCAGAAGACAUUGAGAAGAGACCUUCGUAACUUGAAGCUAGAGAGGAGCAUUACCUCGAUGAACUGCGUGAAUAUGAAUCUUGAUCCUAUUCCUAUUAAAAACAGAAAUGUGCGAUAUGACAAAUAUGUACUCUUUUUCAGUACCUUGUAG